AUGCAGGAGAAUCCCGACGAGAUCAACGUGAUGAAUCCGAAGAUGAACCAAAGGCACACCUCCUUCGUCGACGGUAUCGAGCUCUUCGACGACAAGUACUUGGAGAUCUCGAACAACGAGGCCGUGACCAUGGACCCUCUGCAGCGGCAGGUCCUGGAGGUGGGCGGCGCGCUGCUGCAGCAGAUGGGCAUCUCCAAGAAGGUGUCCAACAAGCGGUCGCACCAUGUGGGCGUGUCUGUGGGCGUGGACAAAGCGGACUUCCCAACCUUGGGGGUAAUGACCGGUGGCAACAACGCGCUGGCGAUCAUCGCCAACCGCUUCAGCUUCGUCUUCAACCUUAAGGGCCCAAACUACAUCUGCGACACUGCUUGCUCCGCCUCCCUGACGGCGACGCACCUCGCGAAGCAGCUGUUGCUGGAUCGUGUUUGGGACGUCCUGGACUUUCAUGUGGCCACCGGCACCCACCUCUGCCUGUCCCCGGGCCCUUGGGUGGGCUGCGCACUGGGGCACAUGACCUCGCCACAGGGCCGCUGCUUCACUUUCGACUCCACCGCCAACGGAUAUCUUCGCGGCGAGGGCACCUCAGGCAUGAUCUUGAGGUACGGAGACUACGAGCAGGCAUCUACGAUCUACCGCGCCUCACAAGUUGGCCAGGAUGGGCGCAGCGCGAGCCUGACGGCUCCUAACGGGCCCGCGCAGGAGGAGAUUAUUUCGCGUGCCAUCCGGGAAGCGAAGAUGACCCCACCGGAGUCGACUUGCUGGGAGUGCCAUGGCACAGGCACAUCGCUGGGGGCGGUCAUGAAGAAGCCUUCGGAGCUCACCGUGCAGGAGAAGGCGCAGGCAGAGUUCGAGAAGCAAUUCGGCGUCGCUUGGAGCAAGGUGAUGGAAGAUGGGCUGGUCUUCAACGCCAUGGACGGUGCUGAGAAGCUGGGGAUCAGCCCCGACGAGCUGGGUAAGAAGUACGAUGCGCUCAAGAAGGGCGAGACCAUCAUCGAGUUCGGUGGCGGCUGCGGCAAGGUUGACAACAUCUAUGUCACCAACGGCUUCUACAGGAACAUGCGCUCCAAGUUCACAGCGCCAGGAACGAGCAUCUACUGCUACGAGGUGGAGUGGCCGGCAGACAAGACGAAGUUGGAGGACUUCCUCGCGCCUACCGAGCCGGCACAAGCCCCUGCCGGCUCCCUGCGCAGCCUCAUCUGCAAGGACCGGAGCCCGAAAUCCCAGCAGCCCUGGACUUUCGAGAGCUUGUGA